AUGAUGAGUGGUGUCGGAAAAGAUGAUGGUCGACGAAGAAGAACUUCGAGAAAAUCGCGUGCAUCGAAGGUAGACGACUCUAAGCUGACCAACUGCCAGGUUUGCGACAAAUCGGAGUCGUUUGAUGACAUGUGCCAAUGCGAUACUUGCUCAACCUGGUGGCACUAUGGCUGUGCUGGUGUUGGCGCAUCAAUAGAGGACCGGGAUUGGGAAUGCCGGAACUGUAUCCUCCGGAAGAAAGCCCCUAGCGUUAACAGCAAGAUAUCCGUAUCCAGCCGAGCGGAUUCGUUGCGCCGGAUGCGUGAACGACAGGAACUCGAGCUCCAGCGAGUGGCGCUGGAUAUGCGCCAACGUUUCCUGGACGAGCAGGAUGCGCUGAUGAAGGAAACCAGUUCUAACCGGAGGGAACAUGGCAAACAACGAACGGCAGAGUGGGUGGCACACGUGGACCCAAUUGCUGGUGCAGUGGGUGGCGAACCUGCUCCUCCAACAGCUGCGGAUGCUGCGGCGUUGCGAGACGGAAUGUCACAAUGCUUCGUGGCGAUGCAGCGACAAAUUCAACAGUGUGCAAAUGAGCACCAACCGACGCAAGCACAGCUGAUGAGUCUUCGGAACCAACUUCAGCAGUGCGAAGAAUUGUUUUCAACUUUGACGACUGGGGGAACGAACGACGUUCUUCCGGUAGGUGCCCAGCCGGGUUCUGAGCGGCGACAGCUCGCACUACCGGCAGCAAGUAGCAACAUGGCAGCCAAGCAGACAGGUCAACAUGCUUUGACGUCACUCACCGGGACAGUGCCGAAAAGGAAAUCGGUAACCAUCGAAGCUCCUGAGUUAGAGGGAAGUAUUGGACCACUUGGUAAGUGUCAAGCCUUUGAUUAUGCUACAAAUAUUAAAAGCCCCACAACAUAUGAAUCAGCCUUGGUAAUUGGGCAGCAGCGAAACCAUGUCGCGCCCCCAGAACCCCUCAUUUUAGAGCAGCAGCGCAAUAUGGUCGCGCGCUCCACCCAUACAAAUGUGAUCAAUUUUGAACCCCACUAUCAAUCUACAUUUUUUAACGCGGAGACUGCACAUCGGCAACAUUUUUUCGAAAAUUCUAGUCCAUUGACAGAGAUGGUUCAGCAGUCCGUGUCUAGUUUUGCAGAUGUUCCCCCAAAAAUAGCGUAUCAGCCUUCCGCUCGAACAAUUGCACAACCUUUGCCCUCACAAACAGGAGUGCCGCAGCAAUUUAUGCAUGAACAGCUAACGCAUCCGCUGCCCAAUUUGGUGCCUCAUGCUAAGCAACAUAAUUUUGUACCAACUAUUCCUUCUUUGCCACCUUUGACGUCUUUGCCCAUUACGACGUGUCAGCCAACACAAAUCCACCAAACCUCCCAGUCAAAUGAACACGUUUUGCCCCAGUCAAUCCCGCGAAGUGAUGGAACCAGAGUUCAGUGUAUUCCAAGGAACGAUUUCGGUGCGCCGACGAGCUUGACGCCCCAGCAGUUAGCAGCCAGGCAGUCGUUUUCACGGGAUUUGCCUUACUUUUCCGGUGAUCCAGCGGAGUGGCCGAUAUUCAUUGCAAACUACGAAUACACAACGGCGGUGUGCGGUUUCUCAAAUGGCGAAAACAUGCUGCGUUUACAACGGUGCUUGAAGGGACAAGCUUUGGAGGUGGUGAGGAGUAGUUUAGUUCUUCCGGCCACAAUACCUCAUGUGAUCGAAACGUUGCGGUUGCGGUAUGGGAGGCCAGACCUGUUGAUCAACAACCUGUUGCAGAAGGUGCGAGCGAUUCCGGUACAUCGAGUGGACAAGCUGGAAGGAUUGAUGGAAUUCGGAACAGCCGUGCAAGCGCUGUGUCACCACAUCGAGGCAGCCAAUGAGUAUGACCAGUUAUGCAAUCCUCAACUGCUUCAAGAGUUGAUUGCCAAAUUACCGGAUGAUCAGAAACUGCAGUGGGCUACCUAUCGUCGUAACCUGUCGGUGGUGAACUUGAAGAUCUUCGGAGAUUACAUGGCCGGGAUUGUCCGGGAUGCAGCGAGUGUUAUUCCAUUCAAACCUGAGCAGCAUAAGACAGCCAACCGUGAGAAUCCCAGCAAGUCUAGAGGGUUUGUGAACUCUCACAAUUCAUCGCCCGAGCAGCAUGAUCUAGGGAAGAACAAGGUGGAAGCGCAGGCGGAGAAGCAGAAGAACUCCGAAGUCUUGGAAUGUGUUUGCUGUGGGAAGAACGGUCAUCGUGUUAGGGAUUGUUACAAGUUCAAGGCCCUUUCGGUAUCCGAGCGUUGGAAACUCAUUCGUGAACGGCAUCUUUGUUUUUCGUGCUUGUGCAGCCACGGUAGGCGCCCUUGCAGAAGCGGCAUCAAGUGUGACAUCGUUGGCUGUAAAUAUCGACAUAAUCCGUUACUACAUUCUUCGCCGGAAAAAAGCUCAACAGAGACUGCUGAGAACCACACUCACCGCUUCCAAGAUUCAGGAACACUCUUCCGUAUUGUGCCUGUUACGGUAUACGGAAAGUCUGGGACGGUAGAUACUUUUGCGUUCCUAGAUGAGGGAUCGGAUUUGACGCUCGUAGAGGACGGACUAGCGAAACAGCUGGGAUUGGGUGGAAGUCUUCAACCUCUCUGCUUACGCUGGACAGGGAAUGCGUCGCGAGUGGAGCACGAUUCACGCAUCGUCAGCUUCGAGAUUUCGGGUCCCGAUAAAGAGAAGCGGUACAUCUUAUCGAACGCUCGGACAGUGGGAUGUCUGAACUUAACGAAGCAGAGUUUCCAGGCGGAGGCGGCAGCGUUGAAGUACAAAUACCUCCGUGGAGUUCCGUUGGCCAGCUACAGUAACGCCGAGCCGCAGAUUCUUAUCGGGAUUGACAAUCUUCGUCUGGCGGUACCUCUGAAAACAAGAGAAGGUGAUGGAUCCGGACCUAUUGCGACAAAAACACGGCUUGGAUGGUGCACCUAUGGUCGGCGUAGCGGAAGCAGCAGUACAUCUUUCAACUUUCACAGCUGCAAGUGUGAAGCAGAUGAAUCGCUCAACAUCCUAGUGAAACAGAUGUUUAUUAUCGACGAUGUUGGAGCAGCGAUAUCGAAGCCGCAGACAGAGGAGGAUAAUCGAGCGCUAGCGAUUCUGGAGAAUACUACGAAACGUGUUGGCGAUCGCUUCGAGACAGGACUACUAUGGGCACAAGACGACGUUGUCCUCCCGGAUAGCUACGGCAUGGCCAAGCGGCGCUUGGAAUGCCUAGAAAGAAGAAUGUACCGUGACGAAAGGCUGAAAGAAAAUCUCCAUAAGCAAGUUCUUGAAUAUGUCGCCAAAGGAUAUGCGCACAAGGCAACUCCGAAAGAGCUACAGACUGCAGAUAGGAACCGAAUCUGGUACCUGCCGCUAGGAGCGGUGAUAAACCCUAAGAAGCCGGAGAAGGUACGAGUCAUUUGGGAUGCGGCGGCCAAAGUCGAUGGCGUUUCACUCAACAGCCAAUUGUUGAAGGGACCAGAUCAGCUGUCGUCGUUACUAGGAGUGCUUUUCCAGUUUCGGUUGUACCGAAUAGCCGUUAGCAGCGACAUCAAGGAGAUGUUCCACCAGAUCCAGAUAAGGCCAGCGGAUAAGAACUCCCAACGGUUUCUGUGGCGCUCGGAUCCAAGCCAAAAACCGGACAUCUACCUUAUGGACGUGGCAACGUUCGGGGCCACAUGCUCGCCCGCCUCGGCACAAUACGUGCAAAAACUGAAUGCGAGACAGCACGAGAAGCAGUUUCCCAAGGCGGCAAGAUCAAUCAGCACUCGAACUUACGUCGACGACUACUUCGAGAGCUUCGGAGAUGAAAAAGAGGCCAAGAGCGUAGCUGCAGACCUUCGAACAGUACAGCGCAACGGUGGUUUUAUUCUGCAUAAUUGGAGAUCGAAUAGUACUGCAGUUCUCGAAUAUCUCGGCGUAGCAGAAAAUCACGAAGACAAAACCCUGAACUGGAUAACCGAGGAAAAGGUAGCAAGAGUGUUGGGCAUGCUGUGGAGACCGUCAACAGACGAACUCGGAUUCUCGACCCAAAUGAGCGUCGAAGUGAGGGAACUUCUACGAACUGAAUCCAGACCAACCAAGAGGCAGAUUUUGAGGUGCGUCAUGACUCUCUUUGACCCGCUGGGUCUGUUGGCACCGUUUCUAAUACACGGUAAAGUGCUCAUCCAGGACUUGUGGCGAGCGGGAAGCGGAUGGGAUGAAGCAGUCAACGACGCUAUCUUCGAGCGGUGGUUGGAGUGGACCCGUAUGAUAGAUUUCAUCGAUAACGUACGGCUAGCGCGCUGCUACUUUUCUGACGCGAGAGUUGAAACCUAUAAAAACGCAGAAAUCCACAUCUUCGUGGACGCCAGUGAAGUAGCCUACUCCUGUGCGGCUUACAUCCGAAUUAUCAGGCCAGAUGGAACAGCGGAGUGUCAGCUAGUGUCCGGGAAGGCGAAAGUGGCGCCACUCAAGCCGAUGUCGAUUCCCAGAUUGGAACUGCAGAGCUGUGUGUUGGGAACUCGAUUGCUGAUCUUCAUUCUACAACACAUUGGCAUUCCCAUAACGAGAUACGUUCUUUGGACCGAUUCCCGAACUGCGCAGUCGUGGAUAAACGCAGACCCGAGGAACUAUCGACCGUUCGUGGCACAUCGGAUAGGCGAGAUCCUGGAACACACUACGGCUGCGGAUUGGCGGUGGGUACCGUCGAAACUGAAUCCUGCUGACGAAGCUACCAAAUGGGGAUGUGGACCCUACUUCAAGGAGGAUGCGUUGUGGUUUAGCGGACCCGAGUUUCUACGAUUAUCGGAGGAAAACUGGCCAGGAUCGUCGACGAAUGUUCAGACAACUGACGAAGAGAAACGAGCGACUGUACUUAUACAUCGAGUUCAUCAACCUGUGAUCGACUUCAGUCCUUUCUCAAAGUGGGAGCGGCUUUACCGAACAGUUGCCUACAUUCUCCGUCUUUCUCGUCGUUUCUACAAAUCAUCUGGAAGCCUUGAAAUCCUCGAACAACCAGAGCUGAUAGCGGCCAUGGAAACCAUCUACAAACAAGUCCAGCUGGAAGUCUACCCGGGGGAGAUCGCUGCCCUACAGCGAGGCGAAAACGUUCCGGAAAAGAGCCCGAUCACACGACUUGUACCAUUCCUCGACGAAAACGGUGUGCUCCGGGAGAAUAGCAGAAUUCGUGAGUCGAAAUCAGCUCCCUAUGACGUCCGUUUCCCGGUAAUUUUACCGCAGAAGCACCGUGUGACGAUGUUGAUCGUGGAUUAUUAUCACCGACGCUACAACCAUGCAAACUCCGAAACCGUCGUCAACGAGGUUAGGCAGCUGUAUUCCAUCUCUGGCCUCCGUACCUUUACUCGACGCAUUAGCCGAAGCUGUAUGACCUGUAGAGUCCGGAAAGCCAAACCGUCCAUCCCACCGAUGGCUCCAUUACCGCCAGCUAGGCUAGCUGAACGAGAGCGCCCGUUUACCUACACGGGGUUGGAUUAUUUCGGCCCACUUCUCGUCAAAAUCGGUCGGUCAAACGUGAAGAGGUGGAUAGCGGUCUUUACCUGCAUGACCGUGCGAGCCGUGCAUUUUGAGGCGGUGUCCUCACUCUCCACAUCUUCCUGUAUCCUUGCAGUCAGACGGUUUGUGGGACGCCGCGGUGCACCGGCUAUAUUCUUCAGCGACAACGGGACGAACUUCGUUGGGGCGUCAAGAAUACUUCAGCAACAGAUCAACCAAGGACUAUCCAACACUUUCACGAAUGCCGAUACUAAGUGGAAGUUCAAUCCUCCGGGGGCACCACACAUGGGGGGCGUGUGGGAAAGACUGGUGAGAUCUGUCAAGGUGGCAAUUGAAGAUGGGUACUCUGAGGGUAAACUAGACGACGAGGGGCUUAAUACUUUGAUAGUGGAGGCAGAAAGCAUAAUCAAUUCAAGGCCUCUGACCUACCUUCCCCUAGAUUCCGCUGAAUUUGAAGCACUUACUCCGAACCACUUUUUGUUGGGGAGUUCCAACGGUAUUAAACAACCCGCAGUUCCAAUUGCAAAACAACGGAACCUUCGGGAAACAUGGGGUCUUAUUCAACGGGAACUCGAUAUCUUCUGGAGACGCUGGACGAAGGAGUACCUUCCUAUCUUACGGCGGCAGGACAAGUGGUUCCAAGAGGCGGAACCGAUUGAAGUUGGCAGCUUGGUAUUGAUCGCGGACCCAAGGACCCGCAACGGCUGGGUACGAGGACGUGUGGUGGAGAUAUUCGUCGGAUCCGAUGGCCAGGCCCGUACAGCAGUGGUGGAGACGGCGAAUGGAGUGUUGAAGCGAGCGCUUCAUUACCUAGCCCGACUGGACGUGAGUAGCGGAAAUGGUCAAAGCAGUGCAGUCUCAGGGACUGCUGAGAUGCACCCGGGGGAGGAUGUCGGCACCACUGGCAGCAUUGGUUAG